AUGAAAGAAGAUAGUUCUAAUGAUCCACAUAUUAAUAGAAUAUAUACACAAAAUAAAACGAUAUGUCUAAAUGAACCUUUUUCAAAUAACCAAGGAAAUAAUAUAAACAGUAAUGAUCAUGAUAAGAAUAAUUAUUAUAAUAAUGAUAUAUUAAUAUCAAAUAUUUCAGAAAAUACAGACAGGAGAUAUUACUCACAAUGUGUUGAUUCUAAUUUUGAUAAGAAUUAUGUAGACAAUAGAGAUACUAGAUGCAAUAAUGCAAUUGUAAGAACUUAUUCCUUUAGAAAAGAAAUAUCUCCUCAUUACAACAAGAAUACAAUAUUUAGAGAUAAAUAUAUUCUUCCUAAUGACGAAAAGAAUUAUCAAAAUUUAAGAGAACAUCCUACAUAUAAUAAUAACUAUGAACAUAAAACAAAUGAACAAAAUUUAUUUCAUGCUUCAUAUGUAUAUAAUGUGAAUCAAAGUGUAUCAUCUGAUCAAGCUAAAGGAAUUAGAGAAAAUAAAAAUGAAAAAAUUACAAAUAGUUUUUCUAGAAAUAAUAAUAUAAUAAAUGAAGGAGAUUAUUAUCAAAAUAUGAAUUUUUCUUCCAGACCAACUUUAAAUGGAAGUUCUUUAAAUAUGAAAGAUAUGAAUGUACAUAUGAUAAAAAAUGAAAAAUAUCCAGAAAAUUAUAUAAAUCAAAAAAUAAUAAAUAAUAAUAAUAAUAAGAAUAAACAUAUGAUUGAAAAGGAGAAAUGUAGAAAUGAAUAUUAUUCAUAUUCACAACCUUUAAAUCCCAUGAUAUUUAAUAAUAACAAUGCUGGAAAUAUGAUGUUGAAUAGAAAUAUAUUAAAUAAUUCUCAUAUGAAUGUGAAUGUGGACACAUUAAAUUAUUAUAAGAAUUAUAUAAACAACAAUAUAAGGAAUGAACAAAAAAUGGAUAAUAAUUAUAUGAAAGAAAAUAAACAUAUGAACGAUGAUAUUUUAAAUAACGAUAUGUUGAGUAAUGAUAUUCUAAACAAUGAAAUUGUUAGCAGUGAUAUAAUAAAUGAUAAUAAUAUAAGGAACACCAUAACAGAUGAUAUAGGGAGUUAUUAUAAUUUAGGAUCUAAUAAAAUGAGAAUGUUCAAUGUAUGUAGAAAUAUAUCACAAUCGUGUAAUAAUGACAAUAAUAAUAAUAAUUAUAAUAAUUAUAAUAAUUAUUGUUAUAAUAAUAAUGACAAUUGUGAACAUACAAAACACAAUUAUCAUAACAGUAGGAAUAAUUAUGAAGAUGUACAGAAUAAUGAUAAAGAUGAUAUAACUAAAGAAAUAGAAAAAAAUAUAUCUUUAUUGUGCAACCAAUCUCAUGUUGAUAAUUAUGAUAUGGAUAAUUCUAUAGGUAUCCAAGAAAACACAGUAAAUAGAAAUUAUAUAAAUCCUUUGAUAUAUAUGAAUGAAAAAGAAGAAAAUUGUUUUAAUAAAGGUCCUUAUAAUGAUAAUAAUGUAGAGAUGAUAAAUAUAGAUAUGACAAGCAAUAGUCAUGAUAAUUAUAAUGAAAAUAAUAAUGAAAAUAAUAAUGUAAAUAAUAAUGAAGAUAUGCAAUAUGGAAAUAAUUCAAUAUAUGAUGAUAUGACAACAAAUAUGGAUUAUAAAGAAGAGAAAUCAAAUAAUAUAAACGAUAAAAAUGAUAUUCAUAUGAAUAAUACGUUUAUAUAUAAUACUACUUAUGAACCUAUUCCUAAAAGAAACAUGAAUAUUUAUAAUAUUACAAAUAAGGAUAAUCAAUAUUAUAAUAAUAAUUAUAUUCAACAUUAUAAUAAUUAUAGUCAACAUUAUAAUAAUUAUAGUCAACAUUAUAAUAAUUACAAUCCACAUCAUAAUAAUUAUAGUCAACAUUAUAAUAAUUAUAGUCAACAUUAUAAUAAUUAUAGUCAAUAUGAUAAUAAUUACAAUCCACAUCAUAAUAAUAUUGAACCUAUGAUGAAGAACGCUCCUUAUAACAUGGAGAAUAGACAAGAAGGAAAUCAUUUAAAGGAAAACAAUUAUUUGAAUAAUACAUAUAAUAAUUAUAAUAAUAUGAAUAACAAUUACAAUUAUGAAAAUUAUUAUUAUCAACAUUUUUGUUCUUCAAAUGAUAAAGAAAUAUAUGAUAAAAAUAAUAAUCCCUCAAAAAAAAUAUGUUUACGCUCGAAUAGCACAAAUACGUAUAACAAACAAACUAUUUUAUAUACUAAGAAUAUGAAACCUAAUAAUUUUUAUUAUACACAUAAUAUUAUUCAAAAUAAAUUAUUAAAAAAUGAAAAAGAAAUCAAGACAAGAAAUAGCACUUAUAAUUCUUUUCCUACUAGUAUAAAUACGGAACAAAAAAAAUGUAAAAUAACAACAAAAAAUACAAAAAAAGAUACAAAAGGGAAUUUAAUACAAACAGGAUAUGACAUAAUCUAUCAGAAUAAUGAAGAAUGUGAUAAUUAUAUGGAGAACUCAUCAAAAAAUUUAAAUGAAUAUAAUCAAUUGGAUGAUCAAAAUGGUAUGUAUAAUCAGAAUAUUUCAUAUAAUCAUAAUAUUAUGAAUAAUUAUGACCAUUCUGUUGAAUAUGGAGAGGUGCAGGCAAAUAUGAACAAAUUUGAUUUUACACAUACACCUAUAAGUGUCUGUGAGAAUUAUCACAUGAUUAAUAAAAACAAUGAAAUGGUGGAUAUAAAUAAUAAUUUGAAACUAUAUGAAUCAAAUACAAUGUUAGAUUCUAGAAAUGUAAAUGUUUCAAAUCCAGUUAAUGAAAAUGAUUUAAAUAAGAUAGAAAGAGAUAAUAUGAAAGAAGAUGAAAAUGAAGAUGAGAAUAACGAAGUAUCAAUAGAAAGGGAGGUAUAUGAUACCAUAAAUAAUAAUGAUAAUAAUAAUAAUAAUAAUAAUGAUAAUAAAUAUAAUAAUAAUUAUAAUAGUUAUGAUAAUAAUAAUAUUAAUUAUUAUUAUUAUAAUUGUUAUUCACAAGAUAAUAAUAUAAAUAAUUUAGACCCAUAUGAAAUAGAAACAGGAGGAAAAAUAAAAAAUGAUAUAUCUUUACAAAUAAAAAAAGAAAACGAAUCUAAAAAUACCAAAAAUAUUUUAAAUGAUUAUAAUGUAAUAAAUAAAUGUGUUGAACAUACUAAUGAACAAUUAAAAAAUCAAAUAAUAGAAAAUGAACAUGAACAAAUUGAAAAAGAAGAAGAGACUAAUGAUGUGGUAUUCUUACAAAGAAUCAAUAAAAAUUUUGCAUAUAAUACAAAUGAAAAUAAUUAUAUAUAUAAUAUAGAAAAUGAUUUUAAAAAUGAAGAAGUAAACAAAAAUAUAAAUAUAGGUGUAGAAAAAGGAUAUACUCAUUCUUCUUAUAAUAAUGUAUCUAUAAAUCAAACCGUAGGUUAUAAUAAAAGCAAUAAUUAUGAGAUAAAUUCAAAAAAAAAUUAUGAUAAUAAUGAUAUGAUAAGUAAAGGAAUAAAUAUGAAUAAAGAAUCCAUAUUAUAUACACAAGGUAAUAGAAUCAAUGAAAAUUAUAAAAUGAUGAGUGUAGAAAACCAGGACGAUAUUUCAAAAGAGGGAAAUGAACAAUCUGAAUAUAUGAUGAAUAAUACAAAUAGUAUAAAUAAAAAUAUAGAUGUUAAUAAUGGAUGUUAUAUAAAUAAUGAUAAUAAUGUGUAUCUUGAAGAAAAUAAUAAUAUUAAUAAUAAUAAUAAUUAUUAUUAUUAUAUUAAUGAUAAUAGUUAUACAAAUGACCAAGUUGCUGGCACAAAGAUUCAAAACCAUAACAACAACCAUUUAUAUAAUAAUACAUAUGAUGUGGAUAAUUUAAAUGUUAAUAAUAUGAAUGUAAACAACAUAAAUAUAAAUAAUAGAAAUAUUAAUAUGAAGAGUAUGCAAAUAAAUAAUGUAAAUAAUGUAAAUAUGAUUAAUGCGUAUAAUAUGGCAUUUAUAAAAAACCAAACAAAUAAUAUUAAUAAUAAUAUUAAUAAUAAUAAUAAUAGUAGUUGUUGUUAUAAUUAUAAGAGUGACAAUAUUACUUCUAUUCUUCAUAAUGUCAAUGAUGCUCCUUAUGAUACUUAUAAUGAAAUACCUCCAGCUUUAAACAAUAAUUAUAUAAAUACAAAUAAUAUGUUAAUAAAUAAUAAUAAUAGUAAUAAUAGUAAUUACUAUAAUAAUAACAAUUAUAACAUUAAUCAUGAUCAUAGUAUAUACACUGAAAACAUACAAUCUAAUGAAAUAUCUUCUGAUAAUAUUCAUGUAACUAACCAAUUUGAUAUAAAUAAAAAUGGGAUUCAACAGAAUAAUAUACUAAUAAAUAAUAAUGAACUCAAUGAAAAUAUUCAAAUGAUCCCACAAAAUGAUAUAUACUUUACAUCUACUUCGUCUAAUAAUAAUAUGAAUCACAACUCUAAUUUUAUAUGUAUACAUGAUAAUAAUAAUAAUAAUAAUAUUAAGAAAUUACCAAAUAUAAAUGAGAAGCAAGAUGUGAUUCUUUCUUCAUCGCCAAUUAUAGAUUCUAAUAUGUGUGCAGAAUCAUCUCACCUUCAACAUAAUAAUUAUAAAAAUGAAUUGCUAGAUAAUAGUUAUAACCCACAUUGUAAUAUAAAUAAUAAUGAUCCUAAUUAUUUUAAACAAGAAGACGAUUGCGCAAAUGAAGAAGGGAUUGAUGAGAAUUACCAAAAAAGUGUGAGUCUGAACAUUAAUAUGAAACAGAGUAAGAAUAAAAAAAGUAAUAAUAACGAUGGGAAGAAAAAGAAUAACAAGAACGUAAAAGAAGAUAAGAAAAAUAAUAUGAUAAAUAAUAAUGAAAAUAAUAGUAAAAAAAAUAAGAAAAUUCGAAAAGCCAAAACUUUUGGAGGUACAGUAAAAAAAGGAGGAACUAUUAUCAACCUAGAAACAGAAUCACAACGUAUUAAAAGAACCCCUUUUUGUAUUUAUUCUUUAAAUGAUAUAUGUAAUCAUCUAAGAUAUGGUAAGAAAAGUGCUAAUUCUAUAAAUGGUAUGGUGAAAACGUUAUCAUGUGAUUGUCAGAUUCAUAAUGAUAUGAAAUGUGUCCAUCAAUAUAUUAAUUUUUUAAUAGCUCAAAAGGAAAGAGAAGAUAUAAAUGGUGGGGUAAAAGAUACAAAUGGUGGGGUAAAAGAUAUAAAUGGUGAGGCAGAAGAUACAAAUGGUGGGGUAGAUACAAAUGGUGGGGUAGCUACAAAUGGUGAGGCAGAAGAUACAAAUGAUGGGGUGGAUUUAAAUGGUGGGGUAGCUACAAAUGAUGAGGCAGAAUAUACAAAUGAUGAACAACGAAGAAAGAAAAAGAGAAAAAAAAUAAAAAAACAAAAUUGUUUACAUAUAAAAACAGAUGAAAAGAAUGAUGACAAUAUAGAUAAUACAUGUUGUAAUAAUAAUAUAGAUGGUAAUUGUUGUGUAGAUAUUGAAUGUUGUGAUAAUGAUGAGAGUGAGAAUGAAAGUAUUAAUUAUGAGAAUAUACUUGAAAAAUAUAAAGAAGAAUUUGAUAAUUAUAAAUAUUAUUAUGACUUUGAUGUAAAAAUAAAGAAAGGAUAUAUUUUCAAAGAUAUUUUCUUAAAUAAAUAUGUAUGUAAUUUAUAUAAUUUUAAUGAGUGUACAAAUAUUAUAUAUAAUAUAAGAAAAAUAUGGCAUCCAUCAUUUAAUAGACCAUUAGGUGAUAUAGGAAGAAAACUUAUAUUAAAAGAAAUUAGAGAACAUCAUCAUAGAGAUGCUGAAAAAACUACAAAAUUAUUAUUAGAAAAUGGAUUAGAUUAUGGUAAAGUAAGAUUUAUGAAAGUAAAUGAAUUAUAUCAUUAUAUGUAUGCAUUAGGUGUUUUCGAAUAUGCUGUUAAGAUAUCUUUAGAAUUUGGUUCUAAUAUUCGAAUGAGUACUAUAAGUUCAAAAAUAGAUCAUGUUAAUUUAUGUAAUAAUAUAAAGAGUGGUUAUUCUUAUUGUCUUAUUUGUUGUUCUCAAAAAAUUCGUAUGGGUUCCAUUGUAAAUCAGACAAUAAAUUUAAUGAAUUAUAAAAUUUUGAUUAAUACUUAUGCUCAUUAUUUUUAUUAUUUUGUUAAAAAAAAAAAAUUAAAAAAAGUUAUAAAUCAACAAGAAUAUGAAACCAUGGAUCAAAUUCUUAACAAGGAUUCUAAUAAUUUAGGUAAUAUUAUUAUUAAACCAAAAAAAAAAAAAAAAAGAAAAAAAAAUAAAAUAAAAAAAAAAAUAAAAAUAAAAGGAAAAGGAAAAAGAAGAAAAAAAAAAAAAAAAAAAUAUCCAAAUAGACAUUUUACUAAUGAGCAACAAAUAUAUUCUAUGAAUAGAAAUCCUAAUAGUUAUAUAAUAAAAAACAAAACAUUUCACACUAGUAAUAAAAAAUAUAAUAAUUAUCAUAUUAAUUAUUAUAGUGAUAGUAGUUAUUGUAGUAUUGUUCUCAUAGAUAAUGAGUAUCUUCAUGAUGAUUUUUAUGAUAAAAAAAGUUGUCACAUAAGAGUAUCUUAUAUUACUAAUACAAGUGACAACGAACAUAUUAAUUAUAAUGAUCAUCAAAAUUAUAUUCACAAUGAUACUGAUUCUAGUACUAAAUGUGGAAGUAAUAAGAUAUGCUAUAGUAGUAUAUAUAGUGUAAAUGAUCUUAUCAUGAGUAAUAAUAGUAAACAAAGUAAUAAAGAAGACAAGGAUAAGGCUGAAGAAGAAGGUAAGGAAAAAAACAAGCAAAGUAAAUGUCACAAAAAAGAUGACGUUUUAAAAAGAUAUAGCAUGUAUUUAAAAAAUCCAAAAGAAAAUAAAACAAAGAAAGAUAAGAAACCCAAAUCAGAUGAAGAUACACAGAAAUAUCCUAUAACACAAAUUGUUGACAAUAAAAUCUUUCAUUUAAAAAAUUCAUAUGUUAUAGAUGAUGAAAAAAAUGAAAUCAGUUCGUUAUCAAUAAAUUAUCAAGCUAAGAAUGAAUGUCAUAUAUAUUAUCAAAAUGGAGGACAAGUAGAACGUUUUAAAAAUGAAAUGAUACAUAUUAAUAUCGACAAUAGAAAUAGUGAACACACGCAAAAUAAUAUGAAUGAAGAUAAAACAAAUGAGAAAGGUGACCAUCAAAGAAAUGGUAAUAAUAAUAAUAAGAAGAAGAAGAGUAAAAAAAAUAAAAAGACCAAUAAGGAUGGUGUUGACAGUGAUGAAAGUAGUAGCGAUUCUGAAUGUGAUAGUGAUAAAAGAAAAGAUGAUGAUGAUGAUAAUAAUAAAGAAGAUGAAGAUGACAAUAAUAAUAAUAACAAUAAUAAUAAUAACAACAACAAUAAUAAUAAUAAUAAUAAUAGUAAUAAUAAUAAAAAUAACAAUAGUAGUAAUAAUUAUUAUUAUUAUUAUCAAUAUGAUUAUCACAAAAAUGAAUGUAAUAGAUAUUAUCAAUAUAGAGAUAACGACCACAAUUUAAGAUACAACAAUAAGACUGAUUAUAAUAAUCAUAUUGUAUAUAAUUAUCAAGGGGAUUAUAAUAAAGAGAUAUAUUGUAACAAUAUAAAUAAAAAUAUAAAUAUAAAUAAUUAUAAUUAUAAUAGAAUUAUAGAUAAUAAUAAAAACAAUUCUAUUAACAAUCCUACAGAUAUAUCAAUAAUAAACAAGGAUAUGAUCUUAUAUUCUAAUGAGAAAAAAAGUAAACAUGAAAAUUUGAUAAAAAUUAUUCCUGAUGAAAAAAUUAUAUUGUCCAUUUUAAAAAGUGAUAUAUCUCCUAGCUUAACUCAAUUUUUUUUUAAUUUUAUUAUAAAAAAAAAUCAAAAUAAUUAUUUUUCAAACAAAAAUAAUAUAAAAUAUGAUAAUGAUAUGGAUGAUAUGGAUAAUAUGUAUAUUAAUAAGACAGAUAUUAAAACAACAGAGAGCUAUAAAAAUUAUAUAAAUUCCUCAAAUAUUAAUAGAAAUAAUAUAUCACAAGUAUAUAAUAAUUUAUCUUAUUACACAAAUAAUAAACAUGUUCCAUAUAGAAAUUCAGAUAAUAAUGAAGUUGCAUAUGUAAAUAAAAAAAAAUCUUCAGAACAAUAUUCAUUACAAAAUGAGGUCUGCAUAAAUCAAAAAUAUAUAGAAUAUAUAAAUAGUUAUGAUGAUAAUAUAAAUAUAAUACAAAGAGAUAAUCAAGAUAAAGAUAAAUACAUAGACAAAACAAACGAAAAUUUUAUUUAUAUAAAUAAUGAUAAUAAAGUAUAUACUGAUAAUAUUUUAAGAACCCAAACAGAUGAUAUUAUUUUUCAAGAUAUGUCAAAAAAAGAAAAUGAGAUAAAAUAUUAUACAAAUAAUAAUAUUAAUACAAAUAUAACUAAGGAUAAAUUAUAUUAUAAUAAUAAUAAUAAAAAAUUAAAUAAAUUAUUUAUAGAAAUAAAAAAAAAUAAAUUAUGUAAAUAUAUACUUGAUAAAAUUAAAGAAAUAAAAUAUCAUAUAACAUAUAUGGAAAAUAUAAAAACUAAUAAUAAAAAAAGAAAAAGAAAUAUAACACAUCCAUAUUCUAUGAUUUAUCAAAUUAAUAAUUUCUUAAUUAACACUAGCCCUUUUCAUAAUUCUUUUUUUCUUAAUGAAAUGAAUUACUCUGCUUUUGCAUAUAAUUAUAAAAUGUAUCACAAAAAUGAAAAUAAUAAUAAUAUUAAUAAUAAUAAUAUUAGUUGUUAUUGUUAUUGUUAUUGUAGUGGAGCUGUAUGUAGAUAUGUAUCAAACACGUUGGAAACCACAAAUAAAAAUCUUCAUCAUAAAUAUUUUUUAUCACAUCAAUAUUCAUAUAAUCAACACAAAGGAGGAAAAAAUAAAAAAAAAAUUAAAAAAAGUAUCAAAAGAUUUUUCGAAUUUGCACACAUUUUUAAGAAGAUAUCACAAAAAAAAAAAGAAAAUAUGAAGCAUGAAAAUAUGAAUUUAUAUAAUGAAGACAUAAAAUGUAAAAACUUCAAAAACAUAAGACACAACGAACAACUUCAUGAACAGGUUCAAUUUAUUCAUUCAAAAAAAUAUGACGAUGAAAUUAUAAAUGUUAACAAAAAUAUAAAAAAUGAAGAAGAAAUAAAUUUAACAUCUAAGUGUUUAAAACAGAAUAUACAAAAAAUAAAAUAUAAUGAUGAUAAAAAAAAGUAUAUAGAUAAUGAAGGAAAUAAUAUAUCAAUAGAUGAUACAUCAUAUAAAAAAAAAAAAAAAAAUAUUUGGUCAUGUUUUCCAAAUUUUGAAAAAUCGAGGAAAUUAAAAUUUAUAAGAAAACAAAAAAAUAAAAAAACAAAAUUUAAGAAAAUCAUAAAUUAUUUAAUUCAAAACUAUAAAAUUAAAAAUAUGAAUCAAACAAAUCAUUAUAAAAAUAAUUUUCAUGCUGAUAUUGAUAUAAAUGAAAAAGGUAAAAAUACUCAUAUAGGAAUAAGAAAAAAAUACAAAACAUAUAUUGAAUUAUAG